UCAGAACUUGACAGAAGUAGAGCUAUCCUUGGGGGAUGAGCAACUGGAGGAAACGGAAAGGAGACGCUGUGUAAGCUCUCUUGAAUUCGACAGUGCUUCCUUGAUUCUCUGACAACAGAAUAGAGCCAACGUCAUCUAUGUAACUAAUCCCCAAAGUGUUGAUCAUCUACUUAGUCAAAAGUCCAUCUUUGGUUUCCAUGUUUUUGCGUCGAACAUACAAUGAUGAAACUGCAGUAGUUCAUCAAUGAACGCCGACCUAGCUAGUGAAUCCGCACCAUAGUGACAGUGGCAAUACGUCGAGAUAGGAGCCGAAUGAUGUCUGCGAGCUCCAAUGCCACAGCUGUUCAUGGCCUGGGGCGACGAUCAGGGAUUGAUUGGCGUUUUCAGGCGAAGCUGGCAGCCGUGUGCUUCGUUGUGGGGGCUUCGAUGGAGCUGUUCAUGAUCAAAACGGGUUUCUAUAACAAGGUGACAGCUAUUGAAGCAGAACGCAGAGCAAGCAGUCCUGAACAAGUGCCUUCCGUAGUUACAGCAUUGCAAGCUGCAGAAAAACAAAGAGAGCACAUCCAACGAAAGUGAUAUCCACAAGCAGUAUGUCCACUGUGAAUUUUGCAGCAAGCAGUAUAGUCAUUGAUUACCUCGAGUCGUGACUUGAAGCGUUGAUUAAGGUGGUGGUCAUGGGUACAGAUGUCAGGCUGGAUUUUGAUUGAUAAGCUGUGGAUAAGCUGUGUUUCUGUAAGCCCAGACUUGCAGAAAGGUUGAGUGCCGUCAUUGCAGACAGCAAGCCUGCACUAGUAUCCCGCUCCUGCAGUACAGAUUCUAUUUUGUUAAAUGAUUUGAAUGAGUGUGGCUGCGCCAGCCCUCCUACGCUCUUACCCAGUCAAGUAGGACGAGUCUGCAACCAAUCAAUAACCUUGUUGAACCACAAAGGCGUGACCCAGGAUGCGUG